AUGCCCGAGAUCACGAGAGAACGAGUCGUUUACCGCGGGGACAGAGACAGAGAAAGAGACCGCGACUCCGACUCUGACUCCGACCGCAGCACCUUCAGCCGUCGUGAACCCGGCGGCGGCGGCGGUGGCGGCUAUCGCACCGUCCAGCGAUACCGCGUCACGCCCAGCAGAGUCGAGCCCGUCGAGGACGAGCGCCGCACCUCUCGCACGACUCUCGAACCGCUGCGUGAGCCGCUCCGCGAUGAACGAUCCGAGCGUACCAGAACCGUGGUUUACGAACGGGACCGGCGCGAGCCAGAGCGAGGCUGGGAGCGCGACUUUGGGAGGGAGUCAGAGCGGGACGUUCGGGGGACGGAUCUCAGGAUCGAGAAGCGCGUUACAACUGAGCGCCGCGAUGAGCCGUAUGAGCUCGAAAGAUAUCAGCGUGAGACCGAGUACUACGACCGUCCAGAUCCUGCUCCACAGCCGAUCGUGAUCCGUCAACGGGCCCCAGAGGCGCAGAAGAUUAUCAUAAACGAAGCGCCUGCGCCGCCUCCUAUUUACUUGCCGCAACCGGCACCACGUGAAGAGGGAUUCCAGGUAAUUCGACGACGAGAGGAAGUUCAGGAACUUGCAAGACCGGAGCCGAGGCGGCCUGUAGAGGACGAAUACUAUUACAGGCGAGAUGUCAGGGAAGUUGGAGGUCCGAGACGCAGCGAUGAGGAUUUUGCAUUGACCGCAGCCGCCGGCCCACUCGCUGUUGCAGCAUACCAUGAUCGACGAGAAAUCCGUCCACGGGAUUCUGUCAGCGAUAGAUCGUAUAGCGAUGAGGAGGAUGUGGUUGUGAGGAAACGAAUUAUCAAGAAGGAGCGCAGCCGGAGUCCAGACUCGCACCACAAGAGACAUUUGGCAGAAGGUGCAUUGGCUGGUGCAGGCGCCGCUGCCCUGCUUGCAAAUCACCGCGACAAGCAAGGAAAUGGACCUGAACAUCGUGGCAGACAAGUCGUCGGAGGUGCAGCUCUUGGAGCCCUCGGCGCUGAAGUCCUUACCCGUGCCAGAAGUCGGUAUCGUGAUCGUCACGACGAUGAGAGCCGCUCGAGGUCAAGUAGCAGACAUUCACACAGAAAGAUCAAGACUGGUCUUGCUCUUGCAGCCGCUGGUCUCGCAGCCGCGGCAGCUGCCAAAUAUGUCUCGAACCGCAAGGCAAACAAGGAAGAGGCAGGCAGAGGUCGUUCACGAACUCGGAGCGUCUCUAGACGUCGCUAUUCUGAUGACGAUGAUUUCCACGACGAAGAUCGUGGCGGAAGAAGCAGAAGCAGACAUGCCGAUCCCAAGCAUCGUGCUUCUCAAAUGGCCAAGGCCGGAGCUGCCACCGCUGCUGUUGCUGGAAUAGUCGAACACUUCAGAAACAAGUCUAAGAAGCGCGAUGGGUCCAGAUCCAAGUCACGCAUACGAACCGGAGCAGAAAUCGCCGCGGCAGGCCUGGCUGGAGCAGGCGUCGCAGGACUGUACGAGAAUAGGAAGGCUAAAGAAGACCGCGAGACGGAAGAAGUUGAAGCUAGGAGGGAGCGGAGAAGAAGCAGGUCCAGAGCCAGAUCUGUAGGCACAUAUUCUGAUCCUGGCGUUGACCCCGAGUUAGGCAUGGUUCAGUACGGUACUGAACCCGUUUACACCCACCCGGGUUACUACGAUCCUGCUCUCGCUGCAGGCGCUGGAGCCGCGUAUGGCGCCACGCGAGAACAUCGACCACACAGUGGCCGUCGUCGUCACUCCUCUGAGAGCUCCUCGGAGCGCGGCGGCACACGAAAGAAGUCACGAAGCAGAAGCAGAGUUCGGGAUAUCGCGGGAGCGGCUGCAGGCACGGCUGCAGCGGCCAUCGGCAUCAAUCAGUACAGGAAGAGAAAGGAGAAGAAGGAAGCAGAGCGUGAAAAGGAACGAAGACGCUAUGAGGAGGAUGAAUCCCCGACUGAGCAUUACUACGACCGCGAUUACCGUGACGAGGACUAUUCUCCCUCUCCUCCACACGCCUCGGGUGGAUCCUACUAUCCCGACAAUAACCAAUUCCCACCACCACCAACGGGCCAGUUCACUCAACAGCCUAUGAACACUCAAUUACCUGUACAUCCAGCUGACGCUGCACCGAUUCCACCAUACAAUCCAGCGGAUUAUGCAGGUCAACCGGCACCGGCUGCCCAUAACCCAUAUCCCUACCCCGAGGGAACAGGUGACAAUGUGAGUGCAGAGCGAUCUCGUCCACGUCCUCCUUCUGCAGCUACUGCAGCGACCGCGGUUGCAAGUGGCGCCCUCCCGUAUUUCCCUCCGCCCCCUACUGCUCCUAUGCAAGACGAGCACGUGCCGCAAGAUCAAGUACACGAUCAACACGAUCACGAUCAUAAUCGCGAUGCCGAGGAGGCACACCCACGCGUAAUCUACACACCUCCCACCCCCUCAACCGCCUCUCCCUCCCCUGUCUCCUCACCCAAUCUCCACCCAGCCCGAGCAUCCAACAAAUCCGUCAACUUCGCCCCCCUCUCUCCCUCUUCUUCUCGCCGCUUAGCGAAAAUCCACAAAAACGCCCCACACUCACACGCUCCUUACGAUUCCUCUGAUCCCGCGACUCUCGCCCCACCCCAAUCGAACUAUAACACACAAUUCCGAGAGCCGGCUGAAGGAGAUGAAGAAGACGACGAUGAAUCUCGUGAUCACGUCUACGAUGCUGAGCAACCUCGUCGUCGCCGCAGACGCCGUCGCAAUUCCGACCCUUCAUCCGACCGUCCCCUUCAAACUCGCAAACAUCGCCGUAGUCACCACAACGCUUCUCGCUCCCCUUCUCCAGAGAAUUCUUCCUCGGAUGUUGAGAUUCUUCCAGACAGGUUCGACAAGGAAGGAAGGCCACUAGAUCGAUACGGUAUGCCUUUUAGAACCAGGAACAGGGGUCCGGGAGCUGGACCGGAGGAGGGAGUAGGACCGGAGAUGGUGGAGCGCUUUACGCGCGAGAUCGGGGAUGUUAUUGAGGGGAAGAAGAGCUGGGUUGCGCUUUUGAGGGAUGUUGUGCAGGGUGGUCCCUCUCCUAACGCCUCUUCCGAUGAUCUGCGAGGUGGAGGCAAGAGGAGACGUUGAGUGGUGGUGGGGGGUGGUACAGUACAUUUUCCUUGAUUUCCUUGAGUUUAUGAGAUCUUUGGGUUUGGGAUAUCGGAAAGGAUAGGUGGGCGGCAUACCGGAAAUUUUCUUUUCCUUCUUCCUUUUCCAGAUUCAGCAGAGAUGAUGAGAUGAGAUGGGUUUACGGCCGUGGUUUCUUUGACAGAUGGCUGGUUGCAUUAAUGAUUGCUGCAUAUGCAUACAACGAGAUAACGAAUCUCCUUUCUUUCUUGCGUCGCGUUGAAUUACAAUACCACGGAUAUAUUACAUUGAGUCUGCGGAGAAUAAAUGAAAAGAUACCUUAAUCAAAGACUCCCCUUCGUGCCAUAAUGUCUGAGCCUUGUUUGUACUUCUCUCUCCCCCAAUAUAUAUUCAAAGCUUCAUUCAUCC